UGGGAAAUGACUGACGAGGCCGAGAUUCUUGACUGGCCACUGCAUCUCAACUAACACAAGAAACAGAAAACCUCCAGCCGACGGAGUGAAUUCGUGCCUUUAAUUUCACUUCACCUCAACUGGAUUCUUUGAAUGUGCUUCGUUUCUUUCUACGAAAGGCUUCAGAUCCUCAAUUUGACAAAACCAAUAAUUACAUGUUAGUUCCAAAGGGCAACAAUCACAAGGAAAGAAAACGAAAGCGAAAUGGCAAUGCCAUGGGUCAUGACUCUAUGGAUGGCAGAGAUGGUUUGGAUUGCUCUAAGUGGAUGGGUUUCUUCAUGCUUGACGAUUGCUGAUGAAGUUGCUGACUCUCUCAGAAGUGGUGAUAUUGGUCCCUUCCAUGUUGGCUGAACUCAGCUUCUCUUUUUCUUCUUCUUUCGAUCAAACCCACUUCUC